AUGAUGGGUAAUAAUGGAUAUAGAGUUGUUAUGUUAGGUAAAGGUGCAGUGGGUAAAACUUCUAUUUCUACACAAAUGGUUUCAGGAAUUUUUAAAUCAUUAUAUGAACCAACAAUUGAAGAUACAUUUAAAACAUCACUAGAUAUAGAUGGAACAGUUUGUGUAUUAGAAAUACUAGAUACUGCUGGACAAGAAGAAUAUAAUAGUUUAAGAGAUCAAUAUGUCAAAUUAGGAGAUGGAUUUAUAAUUGUAUAUUCUAUUAUUGAACAACAAUCUUUCUUUGAUGUCAGUACUUAUAAAGACUCAUUACGUGUUUUACUUAGUAAAACUCAAGAAGAAAGAAUCAAUGCCUGUUUGUGUGGAAAUAAACUUGACCUUGAAGAAUAUCGUGUUGUUACUACAGAAAAUGCUGCAGCAUUAGCAAAAGAAUGGCAUAUGUUAUUUUAUGAAGUUAGUGCUAAAACUAAUCAAAAUAUUACAGAAAUGUUUAAAAGUGUUAUUAGAAUGAUUAAAGAAGAUCGUGAACUUCAUCAACCACAACAGAAAUUAAAUGAAACAGAAGAAAAGAAGAAAAGAUGUUUGCUUCUAUAA